UCCAAUUUUGGCCACGUUCAUUACGCCAAUUACUGAUUAGGGCGCCCUAUACAUACAUUAUCAUCAUGUUUACAUUUUACGUUAUCUCAUUGCGAUUCAGAAACUUGCAACCCUAGAAUGGAAAUGACGCGCAAAAUCCAAAGUUUAUUGUGAUAAAACAAUAAUUCAAAUUUAGAUUUUAGAGCUUGUCAGAAGAUAAGGAUAAUACUGCGAUACCUACGUUAAGCGAUUUUAUGGUAGAAUAAGCCAGUUGGUGUUCAGAAGAUCUUUGCACAUAACUCAAAAGUUGAGCUCAAACAUGACAAUCGACGGGAAUACAAUUUUGGCGGAAAGUCUUAAAAAGCAAGGUGUGGAGUAUGUGUUCGGUAUAGUUGGAAUACCGGUAAUAGAAACAGCCCUCGCAUUCCAAAGUGCUGGCCUGAAGUAUAUUGGCAUGAGAAAUGAGCAAGCUGCCUGCUAUGCUGCUCAGGCUGCUGGAUAUCUCACGGGUAAACCGGGAGUAUGUUUGGCGGUGUCUGGUCCCGGACUGCUCCACUGUAUCGGUGGAAUGGCUAAUGCCCAGGUCAAUUGUUGGCCACUGUUGGUUAUAGCUGGAUCUUGUCCCGAGGAUCACGAGGGAAUCGGCGGUUUCCAAGAAUGGCCUCAGGUGGAAUCGAGUCGUCUGUACUGUAAAUAUGCCGCGCGGCCUCCGUCGCCGCGUCUCAUUCCGCAACAUGUUGAAAAGGCCGUGCGCCUCGCCGCCGCCGGCCGGCCCGGUGUGUCGUACCUCGACAUGCCGGGAACUCUUCUCAUGGCGGAAGUGGAAGAAGAGAAAGUCCCGUUGGAGUACUACAGCGCGGCGCCGGUGGAGCUGGCGCACGCGGCGCCGGCGCAGGUGUGGCGCGCCGCCGAGCUGCUGCGCGCCGCGCGCCGCCCGCUGCUGGUGCUGGGCAAGGGCGCCGCCUACGCACGCGCCGAGCUACAACUCACGCAACUCGUUAACGACACCAAGCUGCCCUUCCUGCCUACGCCCAUGGGCAAGGGCGUAGUGUCGGAUGAGUCCGAGUACUGCGUGUCAACAGCCCGCACACAAGCGCUUCUCAAAGCAGACGUAAUAGUUCUGCUGGGCGCGAGACUCAACUGGAUGUUGCAUUUCGGACAGCCGCCGCGGUUCGCACCCGAUGUUAAAGUUAUUCAGGUGGAUAUAAAUCCGGAAGAGUUCCACAACAGUAUAAAGUCCGAGGUGGCUGUGCACUCUGAUAUCAAACCAUUCGUAGAAGCGCUCGCGCAGAAUCUGAACAAAUCGAAAUUCUCGUUGGAUCCCGCUACCAACGAAUGGUGGCAAUCGCUGAAGCAGAAACAAAAGGCGAACACGGAGUUUGUUGAGGCUCAGGCCGCGAACACAUCAGUGCCUCUCAAUUACUAUGCAGUGUUCAAGACUGUACAACAAAACAUUCCCAGAGACUCGAUAAUAGUGAGCGAGGGCGCAAACACCAUGGACAUCGGCCGCGGGCUGCUGUUGAACAACAAACCGAGACACCGACUCGACGCGGGCACUUUUGGCACUAUGGGUGUUGGUCCUGGCUUCGCGGUGGCAGCUGCCAUGUGGUGCCGUGACUAUGAGCCGGGCAAGCGAGUCAUUUGUGUCGAGGGCGACUCCGCUUUUGGAUUCUCAGGGAUGGAGAUCGAAACCAUGUUCCGCUACAAACUGCCUGUUAUUAUAGUAAUAGUCAACAACAACGGCAUUUAUAACGGUUUCAACAAAGAGAUGAUGGCUGACAUACAGUCUAGCGGCGAUGUAGCGCAGUGCACACCGCCAACAGCGCUAAGUGGCGAAGUACGUUACGAGAAGAUGAUGGAAAUGUUUGGCGAGACUGGCCAUCUUUGCCGCACCGUUGAAGAUAUCAAAGCUGCACUCAAAAAGGCCUUAGAAGAAACGGAAAAACCUAGCAUUAUUAACAUACUCAUCGACCCACAGUCUAGCAGAAAACCACAGACAUUCAACUGGCUCACAGAAUCAAAAUUGUAAUUUCAUGACAUUUUUGUUUGCAUUUUAUACUGAUAACUGCCAUGUGAAGUUGAAUUGUAAUGAUUGUUCAAUAUUUUUACUGUAUUUUGGUGGAAGGGUCUUACAAUACAAAGUUUGCAAUAGGGUUGCAUCAGGUGUGUGUGCAUUUUAAAAAUCGUAUGUCGUAAUCAUAAAAUGAUUAUUUUAUUCAGAUAAAAAAUAUCACUUUAUUCUUUGAAUCGAUUUUAUGUAAAUUUACAGAAACAAAGUGCUAGUCAGGACCUGUUUUACCCAGUGUAUAGGCACUAUUCAAGUUAUUCUAAAAGGUAUUUAUUGUUCAAUGGUUAUUAUAUUUAUUGGUGCUAAGUGGGUGCAGUAGGUGGAAGCAUUUUGUACUUUUAUAAACAUUUAAUAAGGGUUAAAAAUAAUACAAAUAAGUGGUUUGACAAGUCUGUAUUUAAAUUAUUCUUAAGUUAUUGUGGUCAAGAUGUAUGUAAUUUGUAUAUAAUGAACUUAAAAAUAUAUUAUCCAAUACAUUUAUAUUAUAAACUAAA